AUGAAUAAAGAAACCGAAAAUAUUAAAACAGUACCCGACGAAAUUAAAAAAACUAACAUUCCGACCGAAAAAGUAUCGCAACCUGAAAAAAAUACUGAAAACAAUACAAAAUCUGCUGAAGAUGAAAUUUCAAUGAGUGAAUUUUUGGAGUUUUUAAAACUUGCCUGUCAAAUUCAUGAUAUAAUAUUUUUUGGUGAAUCCAAGUACUUUGGAGAUCCCGAUUUAAAUGAUAUAGCUAAUAACAGUAUGAUAAAUAAAAUUCUUGGUGAUACAAUCAAACAACGUGUUAACGAAUUAUCAAUAAUAUACGAUAAUCAAUUGUCAGCUAAUACAAAUAAUGUGUCAGGACAAUCGAAUAGAAUAGAAACAGCAGCUUCAAUAUUAAGAAAACGUGCUUUACCGAGUGUUGCCGGAACUUUAAAAAAUUGUUUAAACAGAGGUAAGUUAGACGCAGCAGUGGCAGGAGCGUCAUCAACUUCUAGUUCACUAUAUAGCAAGGGAAUUCAUCCAAGUUUAAAAAAAAAACUUGAUCAGUUCAUUGAUGAGGGUAUAAUUGAUUCAAUUUUACCUCACAUUUGUCCAGCGCACCCGCCAUCUGCUUUGCUACAUUAUACAUUGAACAAUUCGAAUGCUAGAUUUAAAACGGUUUCAAAACCAAAGGAAACUUCAAAUGUAAACUCAAAUAAUAAUAGCAAUUCUAGUAAAACGGGACAGCAUCAGCAACGUAAUGUUCUUCAUGCUUCGGUAGAUAUUGUUGAAGUUCCGUCUGCACAAGAGGGAAAUGAAAGCAUAAUGGGAAAAAGUGAAAAUACGGAAAAGCAUAAAGCACCGAAAACUGCCGACACAGUAUAUAAAGUUAAGGAAAACAAAACAACUUUAAGAAGAAAAUCGCUAGCUUCUGGAUUAGGCAGCAGAGAUUCUAAUGAAAAUAGGAAAUGCGGAGAAUCCGAGGUCAUAAUACAUGUAUGCGAUGAAGUGAAAAGUACAUCAAAAGAUUUUAGUUGUCCGCAAAAUUUAUUAGUUAAUAAAAUGAGAUAUUUUGCGGACGUAACCGGUGGCCAAAAAUUGGAGGACAUGGAUAUAUCAGUACAUUGCGAUAUACAAAUUUUUGAAUGGUUAAUGAAAUGGGUCAAAAAGGAUAUAAAUCAAUCAUCCCUUGACGGAAAUAGUAAUUCACCGCAGUUGGAUGCCUCGAAUGUCAUACCAAUUUUGGUGUCAGCCAGCUUUUUGCAGAUGGAACCAUUACUUUUGGAUUGUCUCUCAUUUUGCCAUUCUCGUUUAAACGAUGUUGUGAGAACUUCAACAAACUUAUCUUGUUUAAAUGAUGCGAUUAUUAUAAGAUUAGCCGCAAUGUUUACAAAUUUAGAAUUAGAAAUGGUUAAAGAUAAAAAAGAACGCGUUACACCUAGAUUAUGGACAAAAUUAAUACAAUCUUUGAUGGAGCCCGAACCACAAGCCUUGCGUGGCCAUUACUUUAGUUUAGCUGGCAUUUUUAGAUGUCAGAAAUGCGGUAAAUAUUUAACUCAAGCAGCUGCUACAUAUGUAUAUUGCACGGCCUCCAAUAUCCGCAUAAAUCGCUGGGGACAAUUAGUUAGUCAACAUAUAAAAGAUCAGCAGUGGGACAUUAAUCAUUAUAUUGUAACAUUGUACAAAGAACUUAAAAGUUGGAGAAAAGUGUAUUGGAAACUAUGGGGUCACUGCCAUUUUCUAUACUGCUGUAUUUGUGAAACGCAUUUUCCAGUAUAUCAGAUGAACUGGUGUCUUUUUCAUCCAGAACCAGCGCAAUUUUUAGGCCCAAUAACUGAAGGACAUGCUCCCGGUCCCGCUGGGAGGUUUCCAUGUUGUGGGCAGCAAGCUUUUAGAUUUGAAUCAUUAAUUGGACCUAAUGGUUGCCAAUUCCGGGAGCAUAGUGUUUUGGUAGAGAGCGAUCGUGAUCGUGCUGUUUUGGCAUUAGCUCAAAUUGCAGCUGAAGGCGGUUGCCUAACGGAAUCGCCAAAAAUGAAAACAGCUACACAAUGUGGAGUAGCAUAUGAACCAAUAUGGACUGGAAUAUCAUUAAUGCCUACAAAAUGUCGUCAAGGGUUGCUGCCCGUUGUGCACGUAGAUGAAAGUAACUCAAAAUUUAUUCGUAGAGGAAAAACACCAAUAUCUUAUCCUGAGUCAAGUUCUGAAUCAGACUCAAGUGAUUCAUUUCCAAUGGCUAAAGGGAAAUUUUCAAAUAGGCAAUUAUCUGGUAGUACUGAUGGUUGUGAAUCUGAAAGCAGUAGCGAAAGAAAUUAUAAAAAUAAUCGACGCCGCAGAACUGCAAGGGGAUCAAAAACAUAUGGUCGAUAUUGGUGUGGUGAAGUUUCAGCGCGAAGCAAUCAGGAUAAUCAAAGAGAGUAUGAGGAAAAAGUAAUGAAACAAAUAAUGUCAAUUGUGAGUAGGAAAAAUGGCAAUGAUCAUGGCUCUGUCAAUACAGGCAUAUUGCAUGGUGGAUCAUAUGUUCGCUUAGAAUCUGAUUGGAAGGAACAGCUUCGACAAAGA